AUGAUCAUAAAAAUUAGAAGACGUAAUUAUUUGAACAUAUUUACUAAUUCAGGGGAAUGCAGGGAAGUAGAAAUUAGUUCACUUGUGUCACUGAUGAGAACUUUGCUUUUUAGCCGCUUUAUUUUCCCUGUUGCUUUAUUUCAAAUAGCUAGACUUGCAAGAAACCUACCACAUUAUUUUAUGCAUUUGAAUACAUCUGGUAUACCAAAUUACAAAAUAUUAUGCAAAAGGUACAAACCUAUUUCAUUCACUUCUCCUAAUCCAUUAAACUGUGGCCAUUUCCAAGUUGUCAAAGCUAGCCUUGACAAGAAUAGUGAAUGCAAAAUGCAAAUUUGCCUAUUCAAGCUCCAUCAUGUGUAUUUUGCUAAGCCAGUUAACCAAGUGCUGCAACGAAACCAGAGAAGACAACUUAAGAUGCAGAUUUUUCUACUAAAUUUAAAGCCUUUUGCCUUCCCAUCCUCAGUGAAGUUUUAUUGUCAUAAAGCAACCAUUAUAAAAUUUCACCAACAACUCAUAGUCUUCAGACUCAAGCCUUACAAAUCCUGCAAGAAGGACUGA